GCGAGACAUAAAAUUAUCCUCACAAUCAGACCAAUUGUCAUUGCUGCGGCUCGACGACACGUGUCUACAGGAAACACCAUGAUCGGGCGAUUGGAAUUUAAAGCAGCGCGAAAUCCAAUUAUCCCCUGAUUUUAUAUAUAUCCAGCAGUGCGACAAUUUAAAUCGCUGCGGUCGAUAUUUUUCUUGACCAUCAUCGUCACAUCAUUUGCUUUUAUUAAUGCACGCACGAUCCACAAAGGAACGGUCAAGCAGAAAUAGCAUACGCGCCGCUCACCGGCCGAUACUCUCUCGUCUCCGCGCAAGAUAGAAGCCGCCGAGCGCCUGUCACUAGAUCACCUUAGUAGAGAGUACGGCCACAUACAAUGCACCAUAACAAUUCGGAAGCGUCCGCCGUUUACGCGAAGCGCGUGUGUUGUACGUAUUUCCGCGACGCAAUCGCUCGUGGUAAACCGAGCAUGAUCUGGGACAUCGUCUCGACGUUAAUAGGUGGAUCAUCAAUUGUGUGGACGUCCUCGGGCAACAUUAUGUAAAUGUUUCUCGCGACAUCCGACAAUCCCGGUUAACGAUAACACCGACAAUUGUUACAGUUUGUAGUCAGGAAUUUCGUGAUUCCCAAAAGAGAAGAUCAUAACGUGAACGGGCACGGUCAUGGUCUUGAGCGAAACGCUCACAGACUCCAGCUUCUUGGCUAUCACACCGUUUAAGAUCAAAUUUAAACCGCCUCGCAGCCGAUCUUCGACGAUGGUGGGCGAUCGUAAAAUGAAGCUUGUGGCGAGCAAUGGAACCACCACCACGUCGAUGGACACCGGCCCCAGCAACCACGUUGCCUCCACUGUACAACCGACCACCACUCAUCAAAAGGUUCAACGAAUUCUCGAGGAGCAGGCCAGGUGGCAGGAAAACGGUUCACGUAGACGCGUCAAGUGCACAUCGGGCACUGCUUGCUGCGUGGUUAACAACUACAGCAUCAUCGCCUCUAGGGGCGAACUCGCUCGAAAUAACCGCGUCACGAGUGAAACAACGGCGACCAGCGUCAUCGCCAAGAAGCGGGCAUCGUCGAUCGUCAACGGGAGGAUCCACUCCAAGGAGGAGACCGCACGGAACGGCACCCUCGCCGAAGAGGAAUCAAGAAGAUUAAAGAACGCGUCGAAGGAUUCGACAAGAUCGCGAGGCAUCCAGCGAGGAAUAAUCAAGUCCGCUUCCGUACCUAAGGAUUUGAAGGAAAGUCUUCCAGCGAGAGAGAGAACGUUACAGCGGGCGUCGGAGGAGGGUAUCCUCAAGAGGUCUUCCGCCUUCCUCACGAGCUUAGCGCAUCCCUCCAGCAAGCUCGUCGCCGAGAGAAACUCGCCGGACGACGAGUCGAUCAAGUUCCUCAGGCCAUCCGAUCGCUACGAGCUUCGCGGUACCUCGGGUCUGAAGGGAUACUUCUCGAUCCUGACGAACGGAGACGCCGCCCAAGCGCGAGUCCUACGACAGUCGCCCAGCGUUCAGACCCUGUCGACGAGCUGGAAGAAGAAGGGCGUCGGGGUGAAGAAAUCGGUCUCCUUCAGCUCCGACACCAGCUUCGAGGAGAAACGCGCGCCUUACCGGAAGCCCGCCGUCCACGAGGCCAAGAUCUAUCGCAAGGGUGUGCUCCAAGAUCGCGUGCGCGAAGAGACGGCUAAGACGAAAGUGCCACCCUCGUGGGAAGUACCCUCCGGGGGCCCUACGGCCCUCCUGAGGGCCGCCAGAGAAGCGGACGACAACGGUCUCAAAGAGAUCGUCGCGCAGGCUCGGAAAGUAGGACUCAAGGGCAUGGAUGUCAACGUAGUCGACAGUAGCGGCAGGACGGCCAUAAGCUACAUGGCCGGAAACGGUGCAUCGACGAUGCUGGAACUGGCGCUCUCCUUCGAAGGCGUCGAUCCGAAUCUGCCCGACAACGAGGGUAACACGCCGCUUCAUUUUGCCGCCCAAGCCGGACAGACCGAAUGCCUCAACAUCCUCCUGCAGAGAUGUCCGGACAUCGAGGUGGACGCCAGGAACAUCUUGGGCUUCACGCCGCUCAUGAAAGCCGCCCUUCAAGGUAGAACCAAAUGCGCCAAGAUCCUUCUGUUCGCCGGCGCCAAUCCUACGUUACGCGAUUACGGUAGAGGUUUGAGGGCCGAACAAUGGGCGAGAUUCUGCGGUAGAUACAUGUGCGCCGAAGUGAUCGAGAGAUUCGCGAGACAUCGUCUAUUGGAGAGGACGACGUCAUGCCGUUGGGGCAGCGAGCCCGAAUUGGCUGCGAAAAUAUUACAAGGAAAAGUGACACCCAUACCUACGACGCCUCUACCGCAAUCUUCCUCGGGAUUGAAGUCGAAAAUACGGAAGGUCUUUCGCACUACCUCAAGCCCAGAUCGAACAUAUUCUCUGGUAUCGCAACUCACCAGCGCGGCUCUCUGCGCGAGCAGUCCAGCCCUGCCGAAACCGUCACCCGUUGUAAAGAGUCUUCUGCGUCCACUGAGUGUGCCCCAAUUAAGGGUGACAUUAGUUUCGCCGCAGGAUUUCUUGGACAAGACCUCGGAAAAGUACGGGACAAAUUUUACGGGUAAAAUCGAGAACUCCAUCGCGAAGCCGCAGCGCUCGAAGAAGAAGAGCAAGUAGUCUAACGUGAAGCUGUAUCGCGGCCUCGAGUCGCGUUUAGCCCGUUUUGCGUCGAACAAUCGCGAAGAGAGAUUAUGCAAGCAUGCUUGACGUAAGACAGCGAGAUAAAAAGAGUGAUUUGUGAUCAUAUGUUUGAGAUCAUUUACAUUUACGUGUUAUCCGAUUUCACUGUUGCCUAUAAUCGAACAGUCGAUCGUUGCUCGGAUCUGCGAUCCUCUAAGUAGAUCUCUAAGUAGGUUUCCCGGUUUUACCUCGCCAAGAAAAUAUUAGCGAUGCAUUUUUCUCGGACGUGGACGUUCGCGAAGAUCAAAGAGAGAAGAUUCUCGAAAUCGCUCCCGAUAAAUCACCAAUCGAUUCGGUGUUUGAAGUGUUUUCACGUUUACGGGGCCCGUACUCGAGAUUGUUUUUGAUGUAAACCAUCGCUACGGCCGGAUGCGCGAACAUUCGGGAAAGUCGAAUUUUAUUUUUAGUUUAAGCUUAGAAUGAAUCGUGUGACGUGGAAAGAGAGUGCGCAAACGCGAUUACGGGAGAUUCUGCGAAAUUACGCUGAAUGAUCGUGAUACUGGAAGAUUCAUUAAAAGACUUCCCUGCCUUCAUUGUCUUACCGGUAAAUAGAAUUUCGAUUUUCCCAGAAAACGCAAGUGUGAUCUUGAAGUCGAAACAAACUCGAAUGAGAUUUACCGGUUAAGAAGAGAAUAAGAGAGAGAAAAAGAAGAGAGAGGGUUAUGAUUGAAGAGCGAACUUGCGAUCAACAUAUCGCAAGUGUUCUUCUAACUUAUAAUACACGUUUUACCUACAAGAUUUUAUAUCGAUGCAGUUAUUGUCAGAGAUGGUUGUUUAAAUAAAUGUCUUAUUAAUCAAA